GACUUAGACCGGGUCUUAACUGGACACAAUCUUUACCAAGCUACGUCAUCCAAGGAUGGAUUAUGUUGGAGCCGGAACGGACCGGACUAAGUUAAGCCACUGCAAUGUUCCUAAUAUCUUGUGUUUUCUUCUAGUAACAAAACUAUUUUGGUUCAAGAAAUGGUUUGUGUUUAUGUGUGUUUCUUCUCGUUAAUAUAGGUAACACAACUCUAUAAGGUUUUGUGAUAUUUCUCGGUAAUUUACAUACAAUAAUUCUUCAAAGGUUCAUCUUUUUAUGUGUAUCAUAUAAAUCAUAUAUAUUAGCUACGUACUUAAGACCAAUUUAAAGGGUAAUUCCAGCACAUACAUGUACGUUUUUAAUGGCUUUUCACACUUGUACGUCUAUAACGUACAUUGAUUAGCUGAUAUAUGACUGUAAUUGUGUGUAUAUUUACAAGAUUUUGUAAGCAGGAAAUCUUGACGUUUUGAAUAUGAUCGACAGACACUUCGGUUCGGGAUACAAAAAAUAAACACUAUAUUUCGUUUAAAAAAAAAAUUCGAAAUUCUUCAGCCUACGAAAAUAUGUGUUUCACAAAGAAUGUCAACAUAACUAAUAUAAGUCACAUGCUUCCAAAUCAUUAUUAGUUUUAAAUUAAUAUCUUAUUUUUUAUAUACAAUAUGUUUAAGUUUCAUCAUGCAGUAAAUUUAACAAUAUAUUUAAAGAUGCAACAGGAAUAAAGCUUAACGAAGACUUUAGAAAAAACACACACACAAUUAGAGAUUUCUUCCAUCCUAAUCGAAGUUAAUUUAAAAGGAUAUUAGCAAUUCAAAGAAGCAACAGCUAAGCUAUAUAUUUGAUUGGUAAAACAUUCAUAAGUUUUCGAAAUAUAGGACAAGUUUAUAAAAAUCUAAAAAUAAUUGAAUUGAAAUAAUAUUUUUAUAGCCAUAUUUAUGUUUAUUAAACAGGAAAAAAACCUAGAGCCGAAGCAGAAAUGGUAAAUCAUUACUCUAGUGAUAAGACAAUAAUUAAAGUGAAAUAAAAUAAGAAGGCAAAGAAAUACCCUGGCAACACCGAAACACAAGCUAAUGUAAGACUUAAGACAUAAGCAUUUUGCAUCUCACAAGACGCAAACGCGGUUACUUGGAACAUAGACCAAGUGUUCCAAAACACACGCAGACAUUUACGCCUAUAUAUAUAAGCUCGCACAUUAUAUUACUACACAACCAAAAGAUCAUAUUGAAAGCAAAGAAAGAUUUUACGACAAAAAGUAUAAGGCUCACAGAAAUAUUUAAGACAAGGCAAUGCUUGAUUGGAUACAUGGACACUCUCGGUUUCCCCUCGCUCUAUCUGUUGUGGAGCUUUUGGUAGAUAUGGAUUGCCAAGGAUGUGAAACUAAAGUUCGAAGAGCCAUUUCCAAACUCAGUGGAGUGAAUACGGUAGAGAUAGACGUGGAUCGACAAAAGGUGACGGUCACAGGGUACAUUGAUAGGGAAGAGGUACUUAGAAUCGUGAAACGAACGGGACGAGCCGCAGAGUUCUGGCCAUUCCCGUAUAACGGAUAUUACGGCGGCUAUUACACAUAUCCUUCUCAAUAUUUGGAACAAUCGAAUCAGAAAAUAAAUAAUCAUGGAGAAAACACUAUUUCAUACGGUGGGAACUACAAUUUCUACGAAGAUUCUUCUAUCAACGGGUAUUAUCCUCGUUCACCCCAAAAAGUUGAUGAAAAUGAUAUUCAUCUCUUUAGCGAUGACAAUGUACAUGCUUGUUUAGUCAUGUAAUUUUUCUCUCUUUUUUCUUUUCUUUGGUCGUUCUUUUUUUCAUUUAUUUAUUUUUUUAAUUCUAGAAAACAAAUAUUUUAUAAAUUUUUGUUCCCCUAAAAUCUGUUUGAUAUAUUCAUUUUAUUCAGUGUUAAGGAAAAAUAUUCGUUUUAUUCUUAUACAUUUAUUAUAGCAAAUCACAAGGUCUUUAACCAUUUAUAACGCAAAACUAAAUAUCAUUAGGAAUAUUUGAUUGGGCCUAAUGUUAAGUACUAAUAUAAGCCUCAUCAUGACUUUAGGCCCGAUUUUUAAUGAGUGUAGUACUACUGUAUAGGAAUAUGUUAUACAAGCGCAUAUCCAUCUAAGCUGUUAAUGUGUCACUCUUGCUCUCCAAUUACAGCGGCGCGUUUGAGGUCGACCAUUCUUUUCCUGAAUAGCCUAGCGCGUUUCUCCUCAGUCUCGCCUUAUAGAACGUAGAUAGCGGAAUGUCAUUCAUCGACAUGGUUUUAGUUUGUUCCCAUCAGCCUUAUUUUUGAGCAUAUGAAUUGUUGUGCCCAAACUUGUCGACUUGUAUGGUCUUGUCGCAUUAUUUUCUUAUAAGCACUGUAAUUUUUUUCAGAAAUCAUUUGAGGAAACGAUAUGUGAUUCAUCACAAAAGCAAAGUCACUCAAGAUGAAGGUGGUAUAACCCAAGGAAGGUCCAAAGAUAUGCUUUCACUCUAGCACUUGCAGUAUAAAGUUUCUUUACACCAUAUAUCCGAUUCCAAGUAAACCUAACACAUAAAAAAUAUUCAUUUAUGUCGUCCUCAUUCGUAUAUUUAGAAGUCCAAAGACAGACCCACAUGAGAUGAUAGAUAAGUGUCUGAAUCUGAUUAAGUCAAAGUAGAUGAUGUUUCUCUCAUAAACCCCUUCUCAGGUGCACCCAACCACCACCUAUACUUGUCACCGUUGCGUUAGUCUUCGUUUCUGACUAUAUAUUAUAUAAAAUCCCUGAGUCAAUCCAUGGUCCCUUCUUAUACUUAUUGCCGAGUUAGUAGUAGUCUCUUCCACCGUCCACAUGUUCCUAAAAUAAGACUCGGAUACGAAAUUCAUUGUGCAUAGAUCCAACAAAACGAUAAGUUCAUCCAAACGUAGUGUUCACAUUGCUACAUCGUUUCAGUAUUUGAAGUCUGUUUAAAGUUUACGUUAUGUGUUUAAUGGGUAAGUUUAAUCACAACAAGACAUCGGUGUCGUGUAAUAUAGGAAUCAAGUGUUCAAACGAAAGUGACAUUUUACUGUCAAAACUAAGAACACGACUGAUGAUGGAUGGAUAUGAUCAAUGCUUCCUCUUUUGUAGCAUUGACGUUGACUCAGCUUUUAAACUGAGCCUGACCCCAAGGUGGUAUUGAAAAA